GGGGGAGGUAUUUGUCCAUGAACAUUCUCUGGAAUCCGCCGCAGCAGCUCCUUGCUCACUUCCCCGUCGCUUCGUCGGCAGCGGAAUGCUCGCGGCGCCACUGCGGCUGCGCUCGCUGCUUGCGGCGGCUGCUGCUGCUGUGUCCGUUGAACUUCUUUCGCACCGUACGUAGCCAACCGCGCUAAUCGGAGGUGCCGGUGUGGUUGCUUCUCCCGCUACUGCUGUGGUUGCUCAACCACGACUACUCCUUCGGUCGCUUCUGCGGAUGAUGAUGAUGGUGGUGGUGGCGCAGCGGAGGAGAGAGGAAGACGACGAGGGGGAGGCAGCCACGCGUCUCUGCUCCCACUAGGAGCCGGGAGGGAGAGUGGAAGAACGAGCGGCGCAGUCGGGGAGAGACAAAGGCGACCGCGGGACACGUGACGCAGCUUUGCAAAAACCCAAGUCUCCUUACUCGAGCGAGUGAAGUCACGAUGAGGCCGGGCGGUCGUGAUGACGGCCAAUAGGAGCGGCGGCGGUGGCGGCGGUGGCGGCGGUGGCGGCGGUGGUGGCGGUGGUGGCGGUGGUGGCGGUGGUGGCGGUGUUGCCGUGAGGAACGGGCUCAGCACCAGCCGCUCCUGGACAGCGACGACGCCGACGAAGACGGCGGCGCCAGCGGCGAACCUCUGUGGGGCGCGGGAGUGCGGGGGGGCAGCGGAUGAGCGGAGCGGCCUCAAGGCGGCGGCGGCGCUGAAGGCGUCCGUGGGGGGCCGGUCAUGCGGAGCCCGCGGUGGCGGGGGGGGGCCCUGCACGGCGGAGCCCCCCCGCUACGUGAGCUCCGCGCUGCAGGCCCGGCCCCGGGGCCCGGCCGUGCAGCCCCCGGAGCAGCAGAGGGGGGCAGGGGGAGGAGCAGGAGGAGGAGGGGGGGCGGCGGGGGGGACCCCUAGGGGACCCGGGACCCCCGCGGCCGAGGUCACCGGCGCCGGCUGCCCCCCCAAAACGGCGGAGGGCGCGGUGCCGAACGGCGUCGCCGUGAAGAAUGGAGCGAUGGUCCCGGCCGGCUCGGCCACGGGGGAGACGGCACGGGCCCCGGCUGGGUACCGCGUCUCCAUCAUCAGCCGCUUCAGCGUCACGGGCGGCGGCGGCGUCGCCCGCGCGGUCGCCGCCGCCCCCCCCCUCGAGGGCGCGAGGGGGGGGCCGGCGGGCCCCCCACCCGGCGAGGGCGACGCCGGACGAAGCGACGGCGACGCUGGAGGUUGCCGGGGAGCGGAGAACGGCGGCGUCCCCGUCCCGCGUCUGGCCACCGGCGCGAGCGUGCGCCUCCGUGCCAGGGACCCCGACCGCGCGUGCCGCCCCCCUCCCACGUCCGGCGACGCCGCCGCCGCCGCCGUCGCCGCCAGCGCCGACUCGAAGCGGCGCGAGUCCGUGCUGCAGCGCGUGCGGACCUUCGAGAAGGCCGCCAAGGAAGGCCUGGCCGGCUCGCUCGGCCCUCCCGCCACCUCCGGUGCCGACGGGGCAACGGGGACAGCAACCCCCCUCGCCUCCCUCCUGCAGUUCCCCGGGAACUACUACAGCCCCGACGCGGCGCUCGCCCGCAGGAUGGAGUCGGCGAGCCUCUCGCUCGGCACCACGGACAGCGGCAGGGGGAGGUUCGCGAUGGGCGGCUCGAGGAGGAGGGGGGAGCGCGGCGGUGGCGGCGGCGACGACGAUGCCAGCCCCACGGAGACCGGGUGGAGGAGAGUGAGUGGGGAGUCGCUGCUGGAUGACGUCGAGGCCACGCUGGGAGCUUCCAUCCUCGGUACUGGGCGAUCGACCUCCCCCGUGUUCGCUCGGUCGCCGUUGAGAAGCGACCGCCGUAGUUUGGCUGGGUUAGGGAUGCCGCGUUUCUGUUUUGGUUGCGAAAAGGCCGUGCGAUUUGUGCGCACGUUGGUGCCUUGUUCGGAAGUCGUGGUUUUCCAGCCUGGCGUGUUUGUGGUCACCUCCAAGUUCGAGCGUCCGUGUUCUUGGCACCACCGCCUGCCAAAAUGGUCCUGUGUACGCUCCGGUCUGCGUGGUGUCACAAGUGUUGCCCCAUCACUUGGGGGCUGCCUGCUGUGUGCGUCUCAUUCGAUCAUUUACACUCUAACCCUAACCUUAGCCCUAACCACAACCGUAACCAUAGCCCUAACCGCGACCUUAAACAUUGCAGUGAGACUGACCUUGUGUUGCAAGCGUCAAAGUUGUGCGUCGUCGCAACCAAACUUUUACGAUCGCCGCCGAGCAUCCCCGCCGAUCGUUGCCGUGCCAACCCGCUGUGCCCAGACGGAGCGUCGCUCAGGCCCACGACCGCCGCCACGGUCCCGCCGCCGGCGUCGCCGCCGCCGCCGCCGUCGCCGCCGGGUUCGUCGUCGGCCUCGCCGCCGAAAGAUUUCGCCGCCUCCGGCGCGAGGUCGGCCGCGACGGGGGGGGGGGCCGGGGGGCGGCGGCGUCGUGGCGGCGUUCACGCCGAUCUCGGUGAACCCCGUGCCGAAGCCGCGGCGGACGUUCGAGUACCACGCGGAGCGGACGCCGGCACCGGUGGCGGCGGAUGGCGCCGGGGAGGAGGAGGGGGGGGAUGGGGAGGAAUCCGGCAGCGUGGGGGAGGGAUGCCGAGUAGGAGGGGAGCGACCGCUGGAGGAGACCCCCGUGGUGCCGCGGAAGCCGAGGGCCGCCCGUGGCAAGAGUCGGUUCGGCAGCGGCGGCGGAGGCAGCAAGAAAUCUCUGGAGGGCAGUGAGACCCCGAGGGAUCGAGGUGAGGGGCUCCCGCCCAUCGGCAGGAAAAACCCGGAGCGGAGGAGCACACACGGGCGGAAUGGCUCGGAGGAGAACGUGUACGAGGAUAUCGUCGACGCGGCGCGGGAGAACCCCUACGAGGACGUGGAGCCGCACUGCUUCUUCACGGGGCGCAAGCGGGCGUUCUCGUCGCGCAAUGGGCGCCGCUCGUCCGCACAGCGGCCCUGGGGACAGCUGCGCAAGUUCUCCACUCCGUCGCCGAGCCACCGCAGAACCCAGAGCCUCAUGGGCAGCUGUCCCCACUCUGCGCCAUCGACGACGGCGUCGUCCUCGCCGGGGGCGGUGGGGCUCAACGGGGGCGACUCGGAGGGGCGGCGACGCCUGCCGCUCCAGAAGACGCUGACGGAGCCGGCGAUGGCGACGACGCUGGUGGGGCCCCGGCGCUCCCUGGGCGGGGGGGGAUCCCCCCGCCGCGGGGGGGCCACGGAGGACACCGCGAGCACGGCCAGCGACGCCUCCUUCCGGCAGCAGCUCCCCCGCCGUGUACCCAAGAUGGUGCAGAAGAUCAACGAGGUGUUCACGGCGAAGCGCGGGAAGAAGCGCUGGAGGAAGACGUCGCCUAGCAACGCGGAGACCGCCUCCCUGCGCGGCGACAACAGCGAGAGCGACAGCGACUCGGACGAUCACAGCAAAGAGCACGCGUGGAGGCUGGUGCGCAUGGCGCGGCUGCGCGCACGCACACGUGGUCACCGCACGCUGGAGCGCGAGCUGCUCGAGUGGCAGGAGCGCCAGCUGCUCGAGUGCUUCCUGGUGGUGGCGCUGCGUGCCAAGCCGACGGGGCGCGGAUACCAGCCCGAGGUCACCUACCAGUUCCCCAAGCUGGAGCGCCUGACGAAGGAGGUGCGGGAGUCCGAGGAGAGGAUCAAGGCCAUCCCCCAGUUCUGCUUCCCAGACGCACGCGACUGGGCGCCCAUCACCCACUACACCAGCGAGAUGUUCUCCUUCGUGCUGACGACGAGCGACGGGAGCCGCCGGUUCGGCUACUGCAGGCGUCUCCUGCCGAGCGGCAAGGGCCCGCGCCUGCCUGAGGUUCACUGCAUCGUCAGCCGCCUCGGCUGCUUCACCCUCUUCUCAAAGAUCCUGGACGAGGUGGAGAGGCGGCGGGGGCUUUCGGCCGCCCUCGUCUACCCGUUCAUGCGUGCCCUCGUGGAGGCGCCCUUCCCUGCCCCGGGCCGCACCGUCCGCGUGUCGCUCUUCCUGCCGGGCGCCGGACACGAGACGAUCGAGCUACGGAGGCCCAGCGACUCCCGGCUGGAGCACGUGGACUUCUCCUGCCUCCUGUCGUGCCUGGGCCCGCGGCAGCUGCUGCGCGUCUUCUCGUCGCUGCUCAUGGAGCGCAGGGUCAUCUUCACCGCCGAUAAACUCAGCACCCUGUCGAAGUGCGGGCACGCGGCGGCGGCGCUGCUCUACCCGUUCGCGUGGCAGCACACCUACGUGCCCGUGCUGCCCGCCUCCAUGCUGGACAUCGCCUGCUCACCCACGCCCUUCCUCAUGGGCGUCCUCUCCUCCACGCUGCCCAAACUCCAGGAGCUGCCGCUCGAGGAGGUGCUCGUGGUGGACCUGUGCAAUAACCGCUUCAUCAGACAGCUGGACGAUGACGACGGCGUCAUACCGCGCAAGCUGCACGCCGCGCUUGAGCAGGUGCUGGAGCAGCGCAACGUCAUCGCCAGCAGCACCGUGGACAGCGACGACGAGACGGACGACGGAGACACGGGCGAGGCCAACGCGGCGCUCAAUGCGCUGGUGUCGGAGGCGUUUGUGCGCUUCUUCGCCGAGACGGUGGGCCAUUUCGCGCUGCACGUGCGCGCCGACGAGCGGGGCACGCGCCGCCUGCAAGCCGACGCCUUCCGCAAGGCGGUCGCCUCCAAGAGCGUCCGCCGCUUCCUCGAGGUCUUCAUGCAGACGCAGAUGUUCGCCGGCUUCGUGCAGGACCGUGAGCUGCGGCGCUGCCACCACGCCAGAGGGCUGUUCGAGCUGCGGGCGUCACAGUUCCUUGACGAAGUUCCCAACGUGGAGCAGAGCGGCGUGAAUCGCUUCCUCAAGGAGCUCGGGAGCCGCAUGAAGUUCCUUUCCAAGAAGCAGUAGUCUCCUUCAGGACCAGCCGGCGCCAGGAUGGGAGCAGCGUGGAGACGCAGGUCUCUACCGGCGGCAGCCUGUCGCAGCAGCUACAGCUGCACAAACUGCACCAGCUGCACCAGCAGCACCAGCAGCACCAGCAGCAGAAGCACAGCAGCACCAGCUGUACGAGCAGCACCAGCUGCACCACCUGCAGUAGC